AUAUACAAAUGUAAGACAAUAAAAAAUUUAUACAUUUAUCAAUAUUUUAGUUUACAAGUAACAACAACAUUGUGCAUUAAGAAGGCCUUUAAAGGGGUAUAUUGAUGAGAAUACCACAAGAAAAUCUUGUUUUGCAUUUGAAAUUGUGUUUUUUUUUUGGCGGUAAGUUUGAGUUCCAUAUAAGGGAUCUAUAAGAAAACUGAUAGAUAUGGUGCGCGCAAAUCGACGUAAGGGCAUCGAAGAAGUAUAUGGCACCAAACUAGAGGCCAUGCAACCGGCCCGAAUGCAGGCUGUCCCCCAGCCGGGCAUGACCAAGACAGCAACAAUGCGUGUUAACUCGUCCCGUCAAGGGGAUACUCGCACCCAGCGCAGCUAUGUAACUGCCAACGAUUAUUAUAUUACAACAAAUGUACCAUUAAACUCCAACAAUAUGCGUCCUGCAAGCAGUGUGGUAACGCAUCCUUCGAAGGCGACUCAGAUGCAAAUGCAGGUGCAGCCGGCAGCCGCACAGGUUAUGAGCUAUGGCUCAGUAUCGAACCGACGAGUCAAACCUAGCGCCCGCCAGGCGUUGCCCGGACAGCAGGCGAAGGUACAUUUUGUGCCACAAGACAACAAGGCCAACUGCCACCCACGUCCACAUCCACACACCCAUCCAUAUGCCAAGUCAAUGCCCAUGCAAAUAACUCAGCGCACAGUCUACGGGCAGAAUUCAGAGCUGGAGCCGAAUCUAACGGAGCUCUCGGACAAGGAACAGAUGGACAACACGAAUAGUUUGAGUGCCCGUCGACCACGUGGGCAUUUGCAUGUGAACCCUAACCAGCCGCAUUCUCAUCCGCUACAGCAUCAGCUGCAUCAGCAGCAGCAGUUGACUCAUCCGAGCAUCAACAGUAUAAACAAUAAUCAUCAAAUGCAUCAUAUGCAUCCGAAUGUGAAACAUCAGCAGCAGCAUCAGCAUCAGCACCAGCAGCAUCAGCAACAUCCGCUUCAGCUGCAGCUUCAGCAUCAGCAUCAGCAGCAGCAGCAUCAACGCGGCCCGGUCCAUCAGCAACAGCAUGGUGGCAUGCAUGUGCCCGUUGGGACUGAUGAAGAUGAUAAGGAUGAGGAUCCUGAAGAGUUCUUUGAGCUCAUACGCCAAACUGUGCGAAAGGCCGUUGGAACAACCAUUUCCGAAAUGGUUACACGAAAUUUUCGAGACUUGGCUGGAAAAAUGGAACGUUUUUCGAAUGAACUGAGGAUGACCAAUGAAAAUUUGGGCAAGCUGCAAAAUGAAGUUACCAAUAAGGUGACCCACUAUGGGGAGGAGAAUACACGCCACUUUCGAUAUUUGUGCAUGAAAUCUGAAUACGAUAAGAUGUUUUAUCAACAGCAAGCAUUAACUGCCGGCAAGCGGCAGCCUCCGAAAGUGGCCCCAGCUCCAUCAGUUAAACCAAAUCCGACGCCACCAGCGUUGCCCACACGAGUUGCCAAGCAGGCAGCUGCUUUUAAUUUGAAGGCUGCCAAACAGCUGACAGCCAGAAAGUUGAGCCAUGGCAACCAGAAGAAAGCACCAAACGAAUGUGUCAAAGUGCAGAAUCCUUGUGCAUGCCGCAGCACUUCGAAAUCAUCACACCAGCAGCCGACGGAGGAGCACCAAUCUUCAUCGGAACAUAGCGUCGUUGUUAAGUCCUCGGAACUGGGUGUACGCGAAGUGUUGGGGCAAAUACAACGCUUUUGCACACAGAUGCAGUUAAGCGAUAUGAAGGAGGAGCAGCAGAAAUAUAAUCCACAACCUGGACUCUCUAACAUGGAGCUAAACGGAAAGACAAGCUCUGCCUCCGCCAACUUGGCUGUCAAUCCUUCAUACAAUAAUGGCAAGCCAAAAGCACAUAUACCGAUUGGUGCUCCUCCAGCUGGUGCUCGCGACAUGGAGCUGGAGACACCAGUUGAUAGCAUGGACGAGAUUGAGAUUGAUAAUUUCCAAUACAGCUCCGACGAAAUGUCCUCUUACAGCGAUGAUAGCGAGGUUAAGUUCAGCGGCAGCACUACAGCACGUGCUCCGCUCCAAUCAUCUAGGGUAAAGCUCCCAAUUCAGCACUCAAACAAAGGUGCCGGCGAUGGUCAGUAAUCUAGAUGAAUGCUCCAUUCGAUAACAAUUAUCAAACACGAGCCAAGACAACACUCCUCCAACUGAAUUUUCCUGAGAAAGACUUGCGUUAUGGUUUAAUUUUAUUUCGAUCGCGCUAAAUUUUAAAUGUCAGAUGCCAAGGAGAAAAGUUACCUAGGUACACAAAAAA